AUGAGAGUGAAGAAAAGCGCCGAGUCUCGAGAGGGGGACGGGGCAUCAGACCAGAAACAAGAUCCCCUGGAGAGACGGCGGCUGCAGAACCGCCUCUCGCAAAGAAACCACCGCCGCAAGAUUCGAGAUCGCAUCGCCAAGCUCCAAGAACGGGUCAUCGCCAACGAACUCCGAGCGGCCGCCGCCCUCAACGGCUGGGAUCAGGCUUACUCUCCUCCGCCUCUGUUAGGAAACCGAUAUGCAUUCCAGCAAGACAAUAUAUUGGGUCAUAGCCCUUCCGAUGGUUCCAUGCCGUCGACAGAGCCUGUAUCCAACUUUGGAUCUUCCUACGGCUUCUCCAUGACAUCGCCCUGGCCCGGCGCUGCAGUACAGUCAUCUGCUUUUCUAUCUGGAGACUCGACGUCGCUUUGGAAUAUUGAUCCCUCUCCAACGGACACGACAUAUUUGACUUCUACCCUUUAUGACCUAAUGGGCGACGGGACAAAUCAAACAUUCCUAGGGAAUAACGAGGAGCAAACGAUGCCAGAUAUAUCAAGCACUGGUAGCCCACAUUCCCCCGGGAGCUUCACGACUCCAGAUAACCAGCCAUUAUACUAUGCUGUAACCGGUGAGCAAUCUACAAUUCCCUAG